GUGUCACCAUAUAUAAAACAGACCCGGACGCAUCUGAGACCAUUGUUGCGGUGCUGUUCCGAGUGUUACGUUACUCGCUAUCUCAUCAUCAUGCAAAUCAAAUUUAGCUUACUAGUGGUUGUGCUUUCGGUGCUGGUGGUGUGCAUGAGCGCCCAAUCUUCGGCACAGACCAGUAAAAGGCCAAUCUGCAAACGGGGCGAAGAAUACUUGGACUGUGGUAGUAGCUGUACCGAGCCGAAGUGCAAGUCGAGACCUGUCGCGUGUCCAGCUGUCUGUACACAGGGAUGCUACUGUAGGGCCGGAUAUGCACGCAACAUUAGAGGGGUUUGCAUUCCGCGGUACAUGUGUGCGUACAAAAAUUACAACGGCGAAUAAGUAAGCGUCGGUGUAAAUGGGCCACAGUAAAAUGGUUGGAAGGGUAGGCUUAGUUUUCGUUCCGCUUCCUUGCUACUAUCCACUAGCCACCGCUCACUGAGUACUGUGUGUGAAAUAUAAUUUAUGUCAAAUUGCAGCACCUUCGG